UUAUUUAAACUUUUUCUUUGAAAUUUCAAAAUUAACACCUCAUAAACAACAACCUUAAAUUGAUUUUAAAAUAAAACAAAUGAAACACACUACAUAAACAUUGAGUAUAUAUGUCUUUAUCUUGAGUCUCCUCCUCCUUCUUCUACUUCUUUCUUUCUCAAAUUUUCAUUCAUCGUUUAACAUUUCAAACCCGUUAAUUCGAGAGUGUCAUAUAUUACCAAACACAAAUGUUGAAUUCUAAUAAUUCAGAGGUAAAUAUAGACAUGACUCCAGAGCCGGCAACAGGUGACAGCAGCAUCGGAAUCCUUCAGCGGUGGAAGAGGGAGGACUCACUAAAGAGAUUCUCUUUGGGAUUAAGAGGAGUUGCUCUUUUUUUUUCUUUGAUUUCCUUCCUCCUCAUGGCAAGUAACAACCAUGGUGAUUGGGAAAAUUUUGACAACUAUCAAGAAUACAGGUAUUUGCUUGCAGUAUCAAUAUUUACUAGUUUAUACACUGGAUGUCAAGUGUAUCGUCAAGUUCAUGAACUUUCCACUGGGAAUAAUAUUUUUCGACCAACAAUGGCAGCUGUGGUUGAUUUUGUUGGGGAUCAGGGGAUAGCAUAUCUCUUAAUAUCAUCAGCAUCAACAGCAAUUCCCUUAACAGAUAGAAUGAGGGAAGGUGGAGAUACUGUAUUUACAGAUUCUGCAUCUGCAACCAUUACCAUGUCCUUUUUUUCCUUUAUAUUUCUAGCACUAUCAGCCAUCAUUUCAGGAUAUAAAUUAUCAUCCCAUACUUAAAUGUUUCAUCCUUUUAAAAUUUAUUUCUAAUCAAAUAAAAUAUUUUCUAUAUAUGUAAAUUUGUGUGAGGAAAUGAAUUAAGAUUCCUCUGCACUUUUUAAGCAUUUUGUGUAUGCUACAAUGAGAUGUAAGCUUGUACUUAUUUCAUACAAUAUUACAAGUAUUAGUUUUUAAGGUA